GUCUCGGGAAUUCUGGUUCUCAAGCCACCGUUGCCUGCCCUCUGCAGCGCUCCACCUCCAUGGCCGGAGCGCUCGUAGCUCCUCCGGCACGGCGGCUCGUCGGCUUCCUCCCCCACCUUAGACCCGGUCUCCGGCCCAUCUGGUCGUCCUCCUGGAUCGACGACGACCCCGUCUUUCCCACCAGCUCAGCCUCCUCCACCGGCGCCGCCUCUUCUUCCCGUGCCCGCCAGAAGAAGCUCUCCCACCGCCUCUCGUCGGUAGUCGACGCCGUCAAUGAUCGGAAGCUUCCCCCCGAGCUCCGCGGCGGGGCCAACGCCGUCAGGUCAGAAACAGACAUAAUUAAUGUUGUGGAACGAAGAAUAUGGCACUCCAUGGAAGAAGGCCACUUUGAAAAUCUGCCAGGAAAGGGGAAACCUCUCGACCUUAGUGCAAACCCUCAUGCAGAUCCUGCAGAAGACACCUUGUAUAGGAUCCUUUCUAGAAAUGGUUGUGCGCCUGAGUGGGUUGAAUUAAACAAGGAAAUUCGUUCGAGCAUUGCAGAGUGGAGGUCAGCCUUGAAGAAAGCUUGGGCCAAAAGAUCCAAUGAUGAAGAUUCUGGAUGGCUUGAGGAUUCUGAGGCUCUCAAGGCACAGAUGCGCGGCAUCAAUGAUAAGGUCUUGCGUUACAAUCUCAUAGUACCCUUUGGCCGUCAAAUGUUUGGACUUAAAUGGGAGAAAGAAAUGGAUAAGUUGGAGUAGCCAAUUACAGACGCAUCCUUUUAUCAUGAUUCAGACACAGGAGUACAUGGAUAGGUUCUGAAUAAAUGCAAUAAUUACUUGUUACAUUAUGCUGCUAUGGAAGCAUAAAUGUGAUUAACAGUGCAAAAAUACAUGCUUAUUUUUUGAGUAGAAAAAUACAUGCAUGUGGACAUGAAUCUUUUCAGCUAUAGUGUUUAGAUGAUUUAGAAUGUGAUGGUUUCUUCUUGUUGCACAAGCUCCAUUCAAAAUAUGCAUUCUGAAUAUAUUUGUAUUUGGUAGAAGGUCAGCGGAAUGACUUACUGCCGUUUGCUGUCA